GACUAAAAAUACCAAAUUCCCAUCCUCUGUACUCUUUCAACUUACUCCCCAGCUUUCAGGCAAAAAAAAAAAAAAAACUGUUACUUUUCGAGGAAUUUCUCCAUUGUUGAUCAUUCAAAAAAGAAAACGGUACAUUAGGGGGUUUGGACUGUGGAGUUGAUGGAUAAUUCGGGUUUGGGAGGUGGUUUUUUGUCUGGUCCUGAUGGAAGGUUGUUUGACCUUGAGUCAUCCGUUCACAGACAGCACCAGUCCCAGUUAGGUCAACCUUCCAUGAUGCCACACAAUCAUAUGAUCAUGACGACUGGCCUUGAAAAUGAGCACCGUUCCAUUGGAUUAAUGGAGGCAAAAGGCACUAACCCUAAAGGCUGUUCAAUGAAUUUUGGUAAAGGGGCAGAAGUUAGUCCCAUUAUUACUAUGACUAAUGGAAGCAUGAGUGAAGAAGAUGAGCCAAGUUACAAUGAAGAUGGAAAUGGUGAGAACUCCAAUGGAGGUAAAGGCAAGAAAAGAUCACCAUGGCAGAGAAUGAAAUGGACAGAUAAUGUGGUUAGGCUUCUAAUAGCUGUGGUUGCUUGUGUGGGUGAUGAUGGUAUGAUUGAGGGUGUGGAGGGGCUUCAGAGAAAAUCUGGGAUUGUGCAAAAGAAGGGCAAGUGGAAAACAGUGUCAAAGAUAAUGAUUAGUAAAGGUUGUCAUGUUUCACCUCAACAGUGUGAGGAUAAAUUUAAUGACUUGAACAAGAGAUAUAAGAAAUUGAAUGAUAUUCUUGGGAGAGGAACUAGUUGUAGAGUGGUUGAGAACCCUUCUUUAAUGGACUCUAUGCCUCACCUCUCAGCUAAGGCAAAGGAUGACGUAAAGAAAAUAUUGAGUUCAAAACAUUUAUUUUACCAGGAAAUGUGUGCUUACCAUAAUGGACAGAGGAUACCUAAUUGCCAGGAUCUUGAUCUGCUGGGAUGUUCUAUUCCUAUUGAGAGAUGCUUGAAAGACAACAAUGGGUCGGAUGAGGAAGAAGAUGAGGGAAAUGAUGACAGUGAGGAUGAUGAUGAAAUAGACAAAGAAGAUGAUAAUAAUGCUGUUUGUGAGGAAGAAGGAAUCGGUGAGCUCCAUGAAAGGAAGAAGGCAAGUGCAGAGGAAGGCCAUUUCUGGUCAGAAUCUGCUGGAAAGGAUAGUUUCAAGGUGGAGAUGGCUGGGAUAUUUCAAGACCCAGCAAGGUCGUCAUUGGAGCGAAAGGAAUGGAUUAAGAGACAGAUGCUGCAACGUCAGGAGGAAAGAGUGAACUUGCAGGCAGAAGCUUUUGAUCUUGAAAAACAACGUUUUAAAUGGCUGAGGUACUGCAACAAGAAAGACCGAGAACUAGAGAGUUUAAGGUUGGAGAAUGAAAGGAUGAGGCUUGAGAAUGAGCAGAGGAUAUUGCAACUGAGGCAAAGAGAAUUGGAAGUAGGUUACAGGAGGUCUGAUGCAUCCUUAGACCCCACUUCACUUGGCAUUGACAGGCUGCAAAGCAGAGAUCAGAUUGAUAUGGGCUGGCAUCAAUAGCUCAUGCAAAGAGUUGGCAGUUUUCUGCUGUCUCUCGUAUCACAUUUAAAUCCAUUCAGCUAUAAGACUUAUAUAGCUGAAGCAUACGAGGCAGGCUUACUUUUUUUACCUUGCAAAUAAGAAAGGAGCGCAUUAAUCUUGUGAGAUAAUGUAGUUUGAGAUCUAAUUAUUAACAAAUAUAUCUUUUAUA